AUGUCAAACCAUCUUCAAGGGCCCGUACCCACUUACCCUAAACAGGUUUUAACCAAAGAAGAAGAGAACAUGGUGAGCUUGCAAGCUGAGAGUAUAGUGAACACUGUGGCUUUCCCUAUGGUUCUUAAAGCCGCCUUGGAGCUUGGCGUCAUCGACACCAUCACUGCUGCAGGCAACGACGCGUGGCUUUCACCAUCGGAGAUAACGGCCAGUCUCCGAACCAAACCGAAGAAUCCCGAGGCGCCGGUCCUGCUGGACCGGAUGCUGCGAUUACUCGUCAGCCACUCGAUGUUGAAGUGUCGAAUAGUUGAAUGCAGAGAAAACGGUCGAACCGGAAAUAUGGAGAGGGUAUAUGCAGCCGAACCGGUUUGCAAGUAUUUCGUGAAAGAUAGUGACGGUUCUGGUUCUCUCGCGUCUUUGUUCAUCAUGUUCCAUGACCAAGUCAUUUUUAAGACUUGGACAAAUCUCAAGGAUGUGAUACUAGAAGGAAGAGAUGCGUUCAGAACUGCACACGGCAUGAGUCUUUUUGAGUACAUUAACUUGGACGAACGGUUCGGUGAGUUGUUUCACCGGGCAAUGUCGGAAUCUUCCACUAUGAUCAUGAAGAAGGUUCUAGAAGUUUACAGAGGUUUUGAAGGUGUUGACACUCUAGUGGAUGUUGGAGGAGCAAAUGGCACCAUAUUAGGUUUAAUCACAUGCAAAUAUCCUCAUAUCAAGGGCGUUAAUUUCGACCUAGCUCAAGUUUUAACCCAUGCUCCAUUUUAUCCAGGUACAAAACUAAAUAAAUCUUAUAAUAUAAAGUUUUGA